AUGGCUCCUAGUCUGGAAAUCCUUGCCAGCGCUCAGCCAGACCCCGAGUUUCUCGAGGCAUGUCCCCUCCCCCGCCAAAACAGCCCUCCGCCGCUUCCGGCCAAUGUCGACAUACCAACCCUUCGAGCCACAUCGAACAAGCACAAAAAUGAGGCGCGAGAUGCGCUAGGAGGCCCUCCUCCGAACCUGACCGAGCGUGAUAUCGAGAUACCCGUUCGUGACGGCAGCAGUAUUCUUGCCUAUGUUUAUGCUCCAUCAGAUGUCGUCCCUGGAGAUGAACUUCCUAUCUUUUUGUUCUUCCAUGGUGGCGGCUUCUGUCUGGGCACGCGCCAUGAUGAUAUGCAGUCCAACAGAAUCUUGGCGGUCAAGGCUGGUAUCAUCAUAGUCUGCCUCGACUACCGCCUUGCUCCGGAACAUCCGUUCCCUCAGGCUAUUCAUGAUGGAGUGGAUGCUUUACAUUGGAUCGCUCAAAAUCCAACGCAACUUCACCCUUCAGCGUCCCCUUCAGCAGGCCUUGUCAUCGGAGGCACUUCCGCCGGAGCAAACAUUGCCAACGGCGUGGUGUAUCUGAACCGUGACCUGGGAUCUCCUGCAAAGGUCACCGGGCAGUUUCUCGGUGUCGGACCUCUUCUUCCUCCACCAUGCGUUCCUGAGAAGUACAAGGACGAUUACGUCAGUCACGAGCAGAACAAAGACGUGACCAUACCUCCAGAGGAACUUGCUCGCGCAUUCGUUGGUAAGAACACCCGAGACAUGGUGUUGCAGAGAAACUAA